AUGGCUUUGAAAAAGCCGGGAAAGGCACCAAAUGCUGGCUUGCCCCAGGUGCGCAAGUCAGCCCUAAAAGUUCCUUCAGUCCGAAAGGAUGCUCCUACUUCAAAGCAAGCAUCUACUGAGCAGCCCGCUGGGAAGCUCAAAGCUGAGGUCUUAAAGAGAGCCACGGCUGCCAAUGCUACCGCUGGCACAUCCCAGAAGGAGAGUCAGCCCAAGGUGGGAAAAAAGACGAAACCAGAGGAGAGAACUGGGAAGAAGACGAAGCCAAAGGAGAGAACUGAGAAGAAGACAAAGUCAGAGGAGAGAGGAGCGAAGAAGACGAAGCCAGAGGAGAGAACUGAGAAGAAGGUGACGCCAGAGGGCAGAACUGAGAAGAAGAAACCAGAGGAGAGAAAUGAGACUGACAGGAAGAAGGCGCAGGCAGAUGAUCAGAAGAAACUGCCUCCUGGGCAAACACAGACAGCAGAUGGCAACAAGAAAGAAGGGAAGAAGGAAGCAGACCCGAAGAAAGCACCGCAGAAAGGCAAAGAGAAGGUUGAGGAGAAAAAACCGGCAAGGAAGGCAGGAGUAGUGGAGGCAGAGUGCGCCCCUGGAACCAGCAGCAGCAGCUUCAGCAAGAAGCCUCGGGUUGAAAAGCAUGAGGGAAGAAAGGCAGAGCAAACCGAAAAGCUCAAGACUCUGGCAGCUCAGUUGGAAAAAUCCAGCAAGCCAACGGUCAAGGCGCCAACCACUCCACCAGCAAAGCGCUUUAGAAUGAAGUUGCCAGCCAACUCAGUCACCACUGAUGCCAGCAGCGCCCGCUACAAGACUUCCAGCAACAAGGAGAAAGCCGAAGCAGCCAUGGCCAAAAAACUAAAAGGCUCACUAGAGCAAUGCGUGAAGGAAGCAGAAGCACGUGCAGAAGAGGAUGGCCAACAGAUGCUGAUGCUGUUGGACGAGAUUUGUGGUGAAGCUGACAAGGAGAACACGGCACCUGCAUGCAAUGAGGAGGAGGCGAGCAUGGAUGAAGCAGCAAGUGACCCCCCCGACAGUGACGACGAAGAUCAAGAGGAAGAGGAGAAUCAAAAGAAGCAGGAGGCAGGGCAGGGGGAAGCCGAUUUAGAGGAGCAGGAAGAAGAAGAAGAAGAGGAGGCAGAUACAGAAGCAGAAGAAGAAGAAGAACAAGAAGAAGCAGAAGAGCAGGUGGAUGGAGAAGGCGACAAGUCAGAGACGGGAGGUGACGAAAGCCAGGAGGAGGAGGAAUCGGAGGAGGAAUCAGAGGAGGAUGACAAGGAGUCGGACAAGGACACGGGUGCCAAUGACACAGAGAUGACAGGAGAUCAGAAAGAAGGGAAGGAGAAAGGAACAGAGCUAGUUGAGGCGGUCAAGAACACCCAGCGCAACAGCAGCUUUGCUGAGCAUAUCAAGGCAGGCGGCUUCCCACAGGAACUCCAGGCGAUGCUGAAGCGCAAAAAGACAGACCUGUUCGGGCUUUGGAUCGAUUUCAAUGAAGACUGGGACCGUGUGGGGGCCGAAGUUGAAAGAACCAGAGAAACGUCCAAUUUGUCCCGAAAGGAAUGGGAAGCAGUUCAGGCAAAAACGUUAAAGUCACAGAUGUCCCAAGAAAAGUUCGAUGACCUGGUGAAGAAACGAAAGGAGUCUGGAUUGUAUUACCAGGAUGAUGAUUAUCCCAAUGAUGAGCUGGACAGGGAAACGUGGUACUACAUGCCCAAGGGGCGGCUUUUGAGGCAGGAUGACAAGACUGCGGACUCACUGAAAGUCAAGGGUACCAAAAAACUUGAUGACCAGAUGUUUCGGGCUCUCACCGGGGAAGAAGGUCCUCUCCCCUGUGGGGCCUUGCCUGCAGUCAGAGCGCAAUCAGAAGCCGGCCAGAAAGCCAUUCUGAAAGCCUUGGAUGAUGAAGGGAAAGAGGUGGUCAAGCAAAAGAAGCCCCCCAAAAAGGCAACAGGUGAUGCCGAACCAGUGGUUCCAAAGACCGUGCUUGAGUCAAGGGCUCAAUGCAUUCAGAUUCCACAUCUCAGGGCACUUGAGUUGUUUCGUUUGUAUUCCAAAAACUUCUCCAAAGACGUCCAACAUCCAAAUCUCAUCCAGCAGUUGCCAGCCAGCGCGGCGCCCAGGGAAGCGAAGGUCAAGCUGGUGCAAGUCCUUGAUGAGUCGACAAAAGCGAGAUCCAAGUACAUCCAGUUGCAAGGGACAGAGUUUGCUGACCAACUUGCCCAUGAACUAAAGAGGCAUGCUGAUGCUAUGGAACAACUCUACGCAGUUCUGAAGGCAGAGGUCAACAAAACCAAACCUUCUGAUUCGUUACUCACCGACGUUCUCAGCAGGAUUCAGAAGAAACAGGAUUGGUAUGCCAAAGCGGAGGUAGAAAAGGAUGAAGAUCCUUUGGCAGUCGAAGCAAGCGUAUUGCUCCCACACGAGGUUUUUGGAGCUCUGCAUGACAUGGGGUCUGCCAAGGUUCGAGAAGGGGUGAACAAAACUUUGGCUGAAUUGGUGGCCUGGUCCCUCCGAUGUGCUGCUGAAGGGCGGUACCCUGACCGUGGGUUCUAUGGUGAAGAGUUUCCAAAAAACACUUACAGGUCUAGCAGGUGUGGAAAGCCCAUUGCAGAUGGGCACAAGCUCCUUUACAUGACUUUCAAAAGCGACCUCAAAGCCCGAAUGCAGUGCCACCUGAUGAAGAACUACUACAGGAUUGCAAACAACACAAGUACCUCAUUCUACAAGAUUGGAUCAGAUUUUUUCUUGCGACCUUUUGUACAGGAAGAUCCGUUGCUGCAACUUCUGGCCGCAUGUGCCCACUCCUUGGCGAGGGCGCAGGACUUGAUGGAUGAGUCAGGGCUGGUUCUUUCCCCAGAGGAUGCUGCCGAAAUUUCAAGGAUGCUACACCUUCAUCUUCGCAGCACUGAAUUUUUGGCGGCACACUGCUGGCAGCAUGGAGUAAUGGCUUUCAAGAUGAGACCAAAACACCAUUACAUAUGGCAUGUUGCGAUGGACGUUGCAAAGACUAGACUCAAUCCUAGGCUGCACCAUGUUUGGAGCGAUGAAAAGUUUUUAGGUUGUAUAAAAAAGGUUGCCUGCCGUUGUCAUGGGGCAACUGUGCAAAAACGAGCAAUCGAAAGAUAUUUGAUUGCGCUCUCCACUUUCUUGGCCAAAAAGGCUUAGCGACUGGUGCC